GAGAGGGAGAGAGCGAGAGAGAGGGAGGGAGAGGAGCCGCGAGCGAAAAAAAAAGCUCAGGCACUGGCGAGAGAGCUGGGCUUCACACACUCGGAUUUUCUUUAUCACUGCCGAGGACGACGUUGACAAAAACCGGGAUACAUGCCUGCCAGGAAGUGGUACGACCGAGCGGGCGUCAGUGGGUGUCUGUAAAGGAAGGCUGGCUGAAAUGUUACGAUGCCCUGUGACUUGAUGUGAAUCAGCGAGUUUUGGUCCUUUCAGACAAAUAAAACUGGGAGCAGCAUAGUCUGGUAGGUUCCAGCAGUAGGUUUUUCUCUGCUUCACAAGCUUGGACUCCAUGGCUGCUCCUGCUGCUGCUGCUGCUGCUGCUUGAUUCAUUGGUGUCCAUUCACAUCUGAGGCUGAAGUGUUUACUCAUCAUCACUGCUGUACGACAAUCAGUUCCUGUCGUCUUAAGCUUCAUGGCGGGGUUUCCUGUCCAUUGACACAAUACGCUGCCUUACUGGACCAGCAACCAUGUCCGCCUGCAGCACGUUCACUGAACACGUAUGGAAACCAGGCGAGUGCAAGAACUGCUUUAAACCUAAAAGUCUGCACUGUCUGGCACAGAGUGGUGGAGGGAAGCCUCCAUCUGAGCAAAAGCUUCCAACAAUUCAACAACACCAUCCGCUCACUGCCGGAGCUAGAACCAACCCUAACCUUACCAACAAUUCCCAAAGGGCUGGUAUUGGGUCAGUCCGCUCAGGAAACUUCCGUCCACCAGUAGCUAAGAAGCCUACCAUUGCUGUUAAGCCUACUAUGAUGCUGCCCUGUUCCUCUGCAGGGCUGGAUUCAGAUGGCAACCUGCAACAGCCUCCAAACGUAAUAGAACAGAGCAAAGAAUCUGCCUUCACUGUGUGGAAUCGCAAUGGACUUAACCACAAGAGGCCUAGUGGGCUUGGCAACAACAAUGAAGGAGAGGAUGGCACAGAGGAGAUUGAGGGCUAUGGACAAUUUAGUCCAAGGACCCCUAGUGGAAAUAACAACAAUAGCGGACUGACUGAUGUAUUAAAAGAGAUUGCUGGGUUAGGACCUUGCUUCAGUCCCACACCCCUUUCAUGUUCAAAGGACACGUUUUGGGGACGAAUCAACAGUUCAUACCAACGGUCCUUGGAAAGAGGCCUUCCAGCCUCCAGCUGCUUGGCCCUAGGAAGCAGCAGUAGUGGCGGUGGUGGUACUGCUCAAAAACGGGUAUCUCUCAGCGAUAGCACUGAGGUCAUCAGCACAGAGGGAGGUCGUUUUUGCUAUCCAGAGUUUUCUAGUGAAGGAGAAGAUGAUGAUGAGGAGGAAGAUACAGAAAGGGAUGAUAAUGAGCAUGAAAGCUGGGAUGAAAGUGAUGAAGAGUUACUAGCUAUGGAGAUCCGAAUGCGAGGCCAACCACGAUUUGCAAAUUUCCGCGCUGCCACAUUGUCUCCAGUGCCCUUUGCUGCGGGGAAAAAGUGGAAUACUGUUCCACUUCGCAACCGCUCACUACAGCGGAUAUGUGCAGUGGACUAUGAUGAUAGCUAUGAUGAGAUCUUAAAUGGAUACCCUUCCAUGGGUUCCAGUGGAAUUCUACUUCCUUAUGGCUCUGAUAACAUGCAUGGCAGUGGUUUUCUAUCAAAUUCAGAGUCCACUACUUCUCCAGAAUCAUCGUCAUCACAACCAGAGGAUUCUCGAACAACUUCCAGUAAUGGGAGCAGUGCCCCCUUUGCUUUUCAAAAUGCCUUGCAUUCUCCCACUUCACCUAAGGCACCUGUAUCCAUUGCUUCUCCUUCAAAAAGGGAGCCUGUUCACAGAGCACUGAGUCCUCUGAGGGUGACUGAAACACACAAGGCUGUCUUAGCUAUUAGACUGGAAGAUCAGGAAGGCAGAGAAGGCAUGCCAAUGCCCCAGGCUCUUCCAGGUCAACCAGUGACAAUCAGUUUUAGCCCCACAGAGGAGCAAGCGAAACCAUACCGUGUAGUGAAUUUGGAGAAAUCACUUAUCUGUAAGCCCUAUACUGUGGUGGAUGUGUCAGCAUCUAUGGCUAACAAAGAUGAACAUAUUCUAGAUUCUGCCUCAAAAACCAAAAACCUGUCAAUGCCUUCCAGCCCCACAUCAUUCUGUAGCACUCCUUUAGGUCAGCCGCUGUCUCCAGCCUCUCUCAUUUCUCCAUCUUCUGUGAAGCCAACAUUACCCACAUCUGUUGCUUUGCCAGGAAACUCCCGAAAGAAAUCAGGGAGUAUGCGUUACCAAGAAGUAUGGACAUCAAGCACAAGCCCUCGCCAAAAGAUAGCUAAAGUGGAUAGUGGGGUUGGUAGUACACCUGGCCCCUCUAUAUCUACUCAACAUUGUUACCACAAGUCAGCUCCUACUUCUCCUGUUGCUGGGUUGUCUUCUUCUCGAACUGUACCUGUGAAAUCACCUAACUUAUCAGAAAUCAAAUUCAACAGUUUUAAUAAUGCAGGCAUGCCCCCUUUUCCUAUUAUUAUUCGAGAUGAGCCAACUUAUGCCCGCAGCUCCAAAAAUGCAGUCAAAGUACCCAUUGUGAUCAAUCCAAGUGCAUAUGACAACUUAGCAGUGUACAAGAGCUUUUUGGGACUCAGUGGGGAACUACCACAGCCAAAAGGUGUAGGUAAUAGGGUAGCUAGCCAUACAUAUGAAGAGAUUGGAUCCUCCGAGAGUGUCCUGUCCACCUCAACAGAUAAAGCAAUCUCUGGUAGAGGCACAUCAGAGAGAGUCUCUUUUGAAGAAACAAAAUCUCCACUUGAAGCAGCAUCGAAAGCACCAUAUUUACAAUCUAAAACCACUACAGACUGUAGCACUGUGACAAGUACUGUGAUAAGCUCCAAAGUUGGGGCCCUCUCUCCCACUACAACACAUCCCUCUGCCGUUCUUGCCAUUACUGCAAACCAACCUAAACCAAGCCCCACAGCCAAUGCUGUCACACGCACUUGCAAGACAAGUGGAGAUGCCUCCUGCAAUAAAGAUCAUGAUACAGGCUUAGUUCUGUCUUCUGUGCCAGUGGUAAGUCAUAGGGAGGAGGCCAGUGCUGUGCUUUCACAGAUUGUGGCCUCCAUCCAGCCUCCCCAAUCUCCUCCUGAGUCACCGUCAGCACAAACCAAAAACGUAACUUCUGAGGAACUGUAUGCCCUCCCACCUGAUGCCAUGAAGGAGACUCUCAGCAGGCCCAAGUCAAUUUUUUCAGCAACAGAUGGUUGUCUUUCCAAACCCAAAAUUGACACGCCUUCAAAGGUUUUGUCUAAAUCCCAGAGUGCCUCCGCUGCUGUCCCGCUCUCCAGUCCCCGCUCAGAGCCCAGUGCCCCCUUCCCCCCUCCUAGGUCUACAUCUUCUCCAUACCAUGCUUCUAAUAUCCUCCAAAGACAUUUUAGCAACUGGACCAAGAGCUCUGCCUCCAGUUCUCCUGUACGAACUAAUGAAGGUGAAAGAAGUCCAGGUGGAGAUGGUAGACGUGUUUUGUCAGAGAGCUCCAAACCUAAACGCUGGAUUUCCUUCAGAAGCUUUUUUCGACGGCGAAAAGAUGAGGAUGAACAUAAAGAGAAGGUUGAGAAAGAGAAGGCUGAGAAAGAGAAGGAGAAGGGCAAACUGGUUGGGCUUGAUGGAACAGUGAUUCACAUUCUUCCACCACCGCCAAUCCAACAGAAUCACUGGUUCACUGAGGCAAAACCAGAGGAUCCCAGCCAAAAGCCGACCAUCAUAUUCACCUACAAACCAGACAGUGGCAGCACCCCUGGUGAUGGAGAAGGAGAACUACGAGUAGAGGAGUGCAAAGAAACUCCGCAACUGACAUCAGAUAAAGCCCAAACCCCUGUAGUUGAUGUCAUCAGAAAAGACCUCAGCCAGGUACCAGUCAGUGCCAGCAAUGUCAAGGAUCGGGAGCUACUCGGCUCCACCUGUAAAAAUGCCAAAGUGAAUCUGGGCCUGGUGCUUGGGGAGGACGAAGAGGGCCAUGCCAACCCUGCUGCCAAACUAGCUUCAGCCAGCGAGGGCAGCGCCAGCCUCGGCGAGCCAGAGGAGGAUGGGAGUCACUCCCAUCAUUCCCACUCUCCCGCCUCCAGCCAAUGCAGUGCCACGUACGGGAACCUGGGUCAAUCCAGAGCCAACAUGAUCCCACUGAAACAACCACGGAACACCAAAGCAUCCAAUGACACCUUGGCCUCCAUUGACCUCGAUGCCCUGACUGACCAGACACCCCUGAAGGCAACUCCACCACCGCUACCUAAGAAGUCCGUACCUCGCCCUGUUACUGAACCCAGUCCGGGAGGCAAUCAGGCAGUCCAGGGAGCCGUGAGACCUAGGGCUGAGGCUAAACCUGGGGGCACCAACCUCAGCGUGGCCAACCCCUUGUACGACUUGGACUCCACCUGGGAGACGGCUAGUCAGAGCUCCUCUCUCAGCUCCGAGCCCCACAGAGCCCAAAACCAUGAAAGUGGUGACUCCCUAGAGAGACCAUCAACGGCCACAGCCACCACCAAGAGCCACCCAACUAACAGCAUGUCCUCCCUGGCCCCUCAGGCUGCGUUCAGUCCACCCAGUGCAACCACCGGCAGAGAGCGGAGGCCCUACCCAAGUACUGAGUCUUUGGCCGGAAGGGGUCGGACCACAGGUCGAGUAACUGCAGGUGGGGGAGGUGGAGGCACAAAACCCCAGAGGCCUUCUCUUUACAGGGGUCUGGACAGCUGGGACGAGGUGGUGGGGAGGAUAAGGGGUCUCCACACAGACACGCUGCGGAAGCUGGCAGCAAAGUGUGAGGACCGCUUCAUGGCCGGCCAGAAGGAUCACUUGAGAUUUGGCACUGACAGCUGGUCCCUCUUCAGACUCACUACUGGGAAACCCUGUUGCGAGGCAGGCGAUGCGGUUUACUACACUGCUUCCUAUGCAAAGGACCCACUGGUCAGCUAUGCCAUCAAGAUAUGUCGGAGCAAAGUGAAGGAGACCCAGCAGCAGUUUUUCCACAGCCUUGCAGUGAGACAGAGCCUCCCCAUGCACUUCAACAUCCAGCAGGACUGUGGACACUUCCUGGCUGAUGUGCCAACCCGCCUGCUGCCCUGGGAAGAGGAAGACGACGAUGAGGAGGACGAAGAAGAUGUAAAUGAGCUGAAGGAGAAAGAGAAAGAAACUAAAACUGAAUCCAAGACGAAAGCUCCAAAUGGUAAACUAGAUGAAACGCCAGCAGCAUCUCACAUAAACGCUGGCAAUUUCCUGAGGAGCCGAGUAGUGGUCAUCACACGUGAGGUCCCCUUCCAGACGGUGGCAGAUUUUGUCCGAGAAGGCAUAGUCCGCCACACUCAAAACCCUGAGCUGUACGAGCGCCAGGUCUGCCUCCUUCUUCUCCAGCUGUGCUCUGGCCUGGAGCACAUGAAACCUUAUCACGUGACCCACUGCGACCUGCGACUGGAAAACCUGCUGCUGGUCAACUGCCAACCUGGCAACCCCUGGAAUCUGGACUUACUUGAGCCCAACAACAACAGCAACAGCUCCGGUGCGACCCCCGCUGGCGCUGCCGCCGCCAACGCCACAUGCCCCGCCCGCCUCAUCAUCAGUAACUUCUCCCAAGCAAAGCAGAAGAACACUCUCAUAGCGACGGACCCCGGUACGCUGCGGGACCAGUCACGACUGGCACCCGAGAUCGUCACAGCUACUCAGUACCGCAAAUGUGACGAGUUUCAGACGGGGAUUCUCAUAUAUGAGAUGUUGCACCAGCCCAAUCCCUUUGAGGAGGCGCCAGAGCUGAAGGAGAGGGAGUACACUUGGGCCGACCUGCCGCCACUGCCUGUCAGAUCACUCUAUUCACACGGUCUCCAGCAGCUGGCCAGGCUACUGCUCACUGUCAACCCCUCUGAGAGGAUCCGGAUGUCUGAGGCACGGGCCUGCCUGCAGUGCCUCCUCUGGGGGCCGAGGGAGGACUUAUUCCAGGCCCUGGGCUGCAGUAGCGCCGGCCCCGUGUCCGGGGCCUCUUCGAGCCAACGUGACGGCAUCCUCCAGAACUGGCUGGACCUGAAGCGGACACUGAUGAUGAUCAAGUUUGCCGAGCGUUCGCUGGACACAGCUUGUGGCGUGAGCCUGGAGGACUGGCUCUGCUGCCAGUAUUUGGCUUUCGCGAGCACGGACACGCUGAGCCGAGUGGUGCACAUCCUGCAGCAGCCGCAGCCUCAUCCUCCGUCGCAGAACCAGCAGGUGCACACAGCACAGAACCAAACUCAAACACAUCUCGCACACGCCUUCCACCUGACUCACUCGCAGCCACUCUGAGUUCCUCUUUCUGACUGUUACCCUGGCAACUGAUCCAACUUUUUCCCAUGUGGUCCCUCUCAGCUAAUAUCCAGCCCUGUUGUUGCAGCAGCCACCUCACUUUAUAUUAAUCGCCUGGUUGUGUAAUCCACACAGUGAGAGGCGUUGUUACCAUCAAACAUCUUUAGGAUUAGGAAUAUUCACAAGUCCUGCUCAUGAAGUGGCUGCAUGACGCUGUUCUCAAAAAGCAAGCUGAUGACAGGCAGAUGUACAGUUAUUCUGUUUCUCAGCUUUUCACUCCCAUGUGUGUUUUGACACUAAACGAAGAAUAGAUUGAAGAUUGAUUUACCAAAUAAGUGGAUUUUAAAACUUUUCCUCUCUAAGUUCUUAAAGAACUGUGAGGUGUGCACCACUUUUAGAUUUUUGGAUGGGAAGUUUGAGACAGUGUCCGACAUUUUUAUCCCAAUUAAUGAAGACUUUUUUCGGAAAAGCGUUGACAUUUAAGCAACGAUGAAGAUUUUAAAAUAUUUCAGAGUAAAGAGAAAUGAAGAGAGGUCAUGUGAAAUAAAGGCAAUGAGGGAGGAAAGAAAAUGUCAUAGCUGAUAAUGGAUUAGUUCUCUUCAACAUGAAAUCUAAUCAGAGUGAGAUAUUUUGUUUUGAGUUUAGACUGAUGCGAUAGUGAAAUAUGUUUUUACAUUAAAGCCAAAGAUCCACCACCAUAGAAGUUCAUUUCAGUUCAUUACAAAAUACAGUAAAACAUGAUUUUAAAUAGAUUCCCUGUUAGUGUGUCCCAGUGUUUGCACAGCUGAGACACAAAUACUCGUAAUCUGGAGUUUGAUUUAAUCUGCGUUUAAUUCUGUAUCUAUAAAUUUUGCCGUGUUACACACAGAACUUUCUAAAUGUUGACUGAGGUAGACGAACACUGAGCUAACUUUGGCUUCGCAGUUGUCAGAGCUAAUAAGAUUUAGAUGCUUUGAAGUUAAACUGGGACACACUGCCCCCCGGCUGUUGGCUUGGUGUUUGCAUUAGAGAUUGUGCAAUUAUCUAUGUUCUGUUGUUUUCUUUGGAGGUGGUAACAUUAUACCGCCUUUUACUAAUCCUCUCUUUUAUUUGUUUGUUUUUCGUGGCACAUAAACUGAUGCAUUUCAGUUCAAUCCUGUGACUUUUGUCACAAAGUGAAUUUCAGCGUAGAGUUCUUUACUCUGGUGGACAGGAUAGAGAGAGAGAGAGAGAGAGAGUGGUGUUUUUGGGGACUGCAAAAAAAAACUUCUUCUUUGUCUGUUGUUGUUUUUUGUCAAGUUGUUUUGGAAAUGGUUCUGCGUUACAGACGACAUUUGCACAUUCAGUCUGAGCGAUGGGGCUCUUCUAUAGUAGACUGAAGACAUGAUGAAAAAUGAUGAUGGUGCCGAUGCAAGAGAGACUGAGAAAAGUUCCUGUGAAUAUGAGGAGCUGGAUAUGACUUUGUUUUGCAGUGUGUGGAAUGUAAAAAAGACAUUUUGCCUGGACUGAAACGGACACUUGGACCUGGUCUCAUCCACUUCUGGAAAAAAAAAAUACUCAAGCUUCCAACGGAACCACUUUUGUCUCACAUAUACAGAGUUUUUGUGCGAUAAUCAGCCGCAGCCUUGAAGAGAAACUACUCAAUCACUGACACUUCCAUUCCUCCUGCCUCACUCCCCAUCCUCUCUCCGUUCUCCUCGCCUUUCACCUGACUGACUCGACGAGGUGCGAACUAUUGAUCAAUCACUUGCAAUCUGGAAUCAGUGAAGGCAACACGAGCUUCAGCUUCUCCGUUUAAAAAGAAAAAAAGGAUUCGUUUGUGCACAUGGGUUUAUUUGUGGUUUACGAUCAACAACACAUAGAAAAACGUCUUUUCGGUCAAAGUUGUACCCGCGUAGACUUUUCCUCUCACAUGCUUCCAAGUGGACGAUGUUUUCAAACUGACACUGCAUCGACAAGUUUACAUAAUCUGCUUUUAGUUACGUUUGUGUUUUUUUGUUUUUAUCUUUUCUUCAUAUCCAUAAACUGAAACAGCUUGUCUUUUUAAUUUGGAGUUGGUGAAAUGUACUUUUGGGAUCAGGAUCCUGUGUUUGUUUCUCUGCAGAUGUGCAAGACUUUUAACGGUCCACGGAGUGAAAAUGAGACGGAGCUGGUGUGAGUUUUUGCGAUUGUUGCGUUCAAGGGUUUGCGUGCUAAAGGAAUGUGUGUGGACGGCACUGGUGGCUGUCUUUGUAUUUACAGGUUAAAGUCUUUAUAUAUAUGUAGUAUAAAUAUAUAAACAAGCUUUAUCUAUUUUAAUCCACCCACUAUUUUGUCAAGUACAGAGCACCUGUAUUUUUGUCUUCGGAGUCUAAAUACCAUUGAUUCAUUUUUAAAGUUUCUUCAGCGUGGCUUGUUUUCAGGUGAGUAGUUAUCACUGUCCUAAACAGAGGAUGAUUAUUAAAAAUAAAAAAAGAACUCACUCUGCAGUUGAGUUAAUAUGCAGAAUAAUGUACAGUAUUUUUUUUCUCCCCUUUUAAGAAGAAUCGACCUGCUUAGGAGAUGAACCACUUUGAAUAGAGGCUGAAGGAUGAUUUUUUUUCUGAACACACCAUUAAGACCCAGCGUUCAAAAUGUUGCUUUUGUGUUUUCUCUCUUUGCUCUGGUUUUGAAACAGCAGCUCUCCCACGGCUUUCUAUUAAAAUGUGUACAAAAUGUC